CGGCGUGCUCCCCGCAGGACGCCCGCACGCUACUGGCCGCCGCCAUCCACCUGGACCGCGCCAACGCCGGCGUCGUGUUAGACGUCAGCAUCCCGGAGCGAUCCUGCCAGGACAAUGCCGUCAAGCCCUUCCAGGGCCCGGAGCUGGUGGUCAUAGGCGUGUUCAUCGGCUUCCUGUCGCUGCUGGUCAUCGCCACGGUGUACGACGUGUUCCUGUCGCCGGAGUCCGAUCUCGACACGAAAGCCAUUCUGCCGCAGGUCUUGGUGUCCUUCUCGAUGCGCAGCAACUUGGAGAAGCUGGUGCGCUGGACGCCGUCGGACCUGGGGCUGGACUGCGUGCUGGGCAUCAAGUUCUACUGCAUGCUGCUCAUCACGGCGGGCCACGGCGUCGUGUUCCUCGCCACGGGCGCCGUUGCCAACGUCGACUAUGUGGAGCAGGCGGUGCGGCAGCCGCAGCACAGCUACCUGCUCAACGGCAUGCUCCUCGUCGACUCCUUCCUCGUGGUCAGCGGCUUCCUCCUCACCAGACUUCUGCUCCUCGAGCUGGACAAGCGGCGCUCCGUCAACUUUGGACUGCUGUACAUAUUUAGAUACAUAAGACUGACGCCGUCCUACCUGGCCGUGGUGGCCCUCUAUGCCACGCUACUGCCCAGGCUCGGCGCGGGGCCGCUCUGGCCCUCCAGGAUACUCCUCGAGCAGGACCGAUGCCGCGCGUCGUGGUGGGCCAACAUGCUCUACAUCAAUAACUACGUCAACACUGACAAGCUGUGCAUGUUCCAGUCCUGGUACAUCAGCUCCGACACGCAGCUCUUCAUGCUGGCGCCGCUAGUGGUGUACCCGCUGUGGCGGUGGCCGACCAUGGGCCGCCUGAUCGCCGCCACCGCCACCGCCAUGUCCAUCCUCAUCCCCUUCGCCGUCACCUGGGCCAGGAAGCUGGACCCCGUUCUCCUCAUUUUUCCCAAGGAGAUCUGGCAGGGUGACCUCUCCGGCAACGCCAUGUAUCAGACGGCCAUCAUCAAGACGCACAUGAGGGCGAGCAGCUACUGCUGCGGCCUGCUGCUGGGCUGGUUCGUGCAUCGCUUCCAGGCCGGCGAACGCGAGGUGUCACAGCGGAGCGUCCGCCUGGGCUGGGCCGCCGCCGUCCUGGUCGGGGUGUCCUGCAUGUUCUCCGUGUCGACGUUCUACCAGUCCGGACACGCGUACCGCCCGCUGGAGGCCGCCCUGUACGCCUCCUUGCACCGCCUCGGCUGGUGCGCGGCCACGGCCUGGAUCAUCUUCGCCUGCGUCACCGGCAACGGGGGCGUGAUGCAGCGUGUCCUGACGUGGCGGCCACUGGUGCCCCUGAGCCGCCUCACGUACUGCGCCUACCUCGUCAAUGGAGGCGUCGUCCUGUGGAGCGUCGCCGGGGUCCGCCAGCCGCGGACCCUUAGCACGCCGGCAUUGGCGCUGGAAGUCGUCUCCCAGAUCUUCGCCACGUUCCUGGGAGCACUCAUCCUGUCGCUGAUGCUCGAGUCGCCGAUUCAUGGCCUGGAGCGGGCUCUGCUUGGACGAUACCGUAGCGGAGAGAAAGAUGGUGACAAAAAUGACGAGGAGGACAAACAUACCACCCCUGGCGAUCAACAGGUCACUGAGGAGCAAGCAACAUCCCAACUGUAAAGUAAUAUCAAUUAGGACGCCUACUGAAGGAUACGUGCUGAAGUGUUGGAUGAACUCUGUCAACGGGAGACUGAAUGUGUGGGGUAGAUUAAGGAAGGAAUUAAGAGAAAUGGUCCUUUCUAAUGAGGCAUUUUAAUUCAUCCCAAAAUACUUUCUAUAUUCAUGACUGAAUUUAAUGAGUUUGAUGUUGAAGAGAAACAGGAAUAAAUUACAACUUUGGUAACAAUUA